AUGGAAAAGUCAGACUCUGUCCACUCCGGAUCAAGCUAUGAUCACGAUACAGCCGUACUUGAAAAGCUCGGCUACAAGCAGUCGUUAGAUCGAUCGCUUUCGGCAUUUGGCACGUUUGGAGUCACCUUCUCGUGCCUCUCAGUCCUUGCUGGUCUCACCCCUCUCUACGGUGAUGCCCUGCAAUCUGGAGGACCCGUCGCCGUCAUCUGGGGAUGGCUGGUGGUGAGCGUGUUCACGCUGAUGGUGGGCUUGUCUUUGGCCGAGAUCUGUUCGGCGUACCCGACAACAGGAGGACUGUACUUUUGGACGAUCAAGAUCUUGGAGGGUCGAGUGAUCAAUGGAGUCCGGGUCGGGUCACCCGAUUGGGUCCCACUUGCCUCGUGGGUCGUCGUGGCGAUUGCGAGCACAGAUCUGGCGAUGGCCCAGUUCUUGGCCUCGUUGGUCACCAUGCUGACCGACUAUACGCCCAGCACCUAUGUCAUCUUUGCGAUCUACCUCGGGAUCAUUAUCUUGCAUGGAAUCGUCAAUUCUUUGGCUGUGCGACUUAACGGCAUCUUCAACAUCAUCUCCGUAUGGUGGCAUGUAUUGGGAACAGCUUUGAUUGUCGUAGUCGUCAUCGUAUACUCACCCACGAAACAACCCGCAGAAUUUGUCUUCACACACUGGGAAAACAACACCGGCUGGACCUCUGGCUUCUACGUCUUUAUGCUCGGACUCCUCCAAUCCCAAUACACAAUGUCCGGCUACGACUCUGCAGCCCACAUGUCGGAGGAAACUAAAAACGCGCAGGAGGGAGGACCAUGGGGAAUCAUCCGGGCUAUUGUCGUCGCCUUUGUCGUUGGAUGGAUUUUCUUGAUCGCCAUGACCUUCUGUAUUCAGGAUUUCCAGUCGCAAAUCGUCAGCCCUGCGGUGGGCAUCUCGCUGAGUCAGAUGUUCUUGGAUGGCCCAGGAAAGACAUGGGCAAUUGUCCUCAUCCUCAUCAUCCUCUGUGCACAAUUCUUCUGCGGCUCCGCGUUAACCCUUGCAUCCUCCAGAAUGGUUUAUGCCUUUGCCCGCGAUGGCGCUUUGCCACUCUCUCGCCACUUGCACAAACUCGACAAACACAAAUCCCCCGUUGCAGCAGUAUGGUUCAACAUCGCCUUCUGCUUCUUCCUCGGCCUCCCCUAUAUCUGGUCCGAAACCGCCUACAGCGCAAUCGUCUCUGUCAAUACCAUCGCCUCGUCCAUCUCCUAUUUAAUCCCAAUCCUCUGUCGAAUCCUUCUGGCCAGAGAAUCCUUCCAACCUGGCCCCUUCUCCCUUGGUCGCUACUCCAUCCCCAUCGGCGUCAUCUCAACCUUUUGGAUUAUAGUCACUUCGGCGCUUUUCUUGUGCCCGACAGAGUUCCCGGUGACGGCCGAGAAUGUGAACUAUGCGGCGGUCCCGUUUGUGUUGGUGAUUGGGUUGUGUGUGUUGUAUUAUGCGAUCUGGGGACGGCAUUGGUUUAAACCGGGUGGGACGAGGGUUUUGGAUGAGGAUGAGGAUAUGAAGGUUGCUGAUGGUGGUGCUGCAGCGGCCGGUGGUGGUGGGGAUAAGAUGGAGUUGGAUCUCGACCUGGACCAGAAGGCUUAA